AUGUCAAUAGUGAAAUUGUUCCCUUUUAUAUUAGUAGGUAUAACGUCAAUUAAUUCACCUCACCUAUAUUCUGGUACAUAUUAUGUGGUAGUGAUAGACGCCGGCUCCACCGGUUCCAGGGUACAUGCUUACAAAUUUUCUCUGCCUAGAAGCAGACUUAAACGAGAUUCGGUCCGAAAAUUACGAUUCGAGGAUGAGCUAUAUGUUGCCAGAAAACCUGGACUUUCAUCUUACGCCAGCAAUCCAAAGAAAGGCGCGGAGUCUAUUAUCGAAUUGAUACAAAAAGCAGAUUCCUUUGUGCCGAAGCAUAUGAGAGCGAAAACACCUUUAAUUGUUCGUGCGACGGCUGGUUUAAGAGCAUUGCCUGAAGCUGUAUCAGCAAACCUAUUAAUGCAAAUUCGUGUUGCUAUAGCUAAUCUAGGCUAUAAGAUAAACGACAAUAGCGUCAAUAUAUUACAAGGAAAAGACGAAGGUAUCAACAUGUGGUAUACUGUCAACUUGUUAACCGAUACUCUUGAACAAACAAAUCCAAUGUCAUCACUAGAAAUGGGCGGAGCCUCAGCCCAGGUGACGUUUGUGUUGCAUCCUGGUGAGAUUUCUAAUUAUUUAUCAAAAGACGUUUAUGUGAGACCUGCCGUCACCAAUCGUACACUUUUCUCUCGUAGCUACCUCGGGCAGGGUAUUAGCGCAGCUCGCCUUGGAACACUUCAGCUAGAAGCUGGUAAUAUCAAGACAAAAAAAUUCAUUUCUGUCUGUGCAGACCCUGUACUGACAAAAUUUGAAGAGAAUUUUUUCGGUGAAAAAGUAGAAAUCAGUGGUGUUUCUCGCGAGGGUUACUCUAUAAAAGAAGUAUAUUUACGAUGCCGGAAGUUCGUGACGGCGUACAUCAAAGCGACAAUGGGAAACGUCUUGCAACUAAAAGGACUAAGGAAAAUCGCAGCUAUGGGAUAUUAUUAUCAAUUUGCUAACGACGAAGGACUUAUUCCUCGUGACAAAAACGGCCAUGUAACAAUUCAAAAUCUGUUGGCACAUGCUGUAAGUCCAACUGGUGGAUGCGCUACACACGAUAAGCAAAAUCCAUGGCGAUGUUUCGACGCCAUUUUUAUAGUAACAUUGUUGCAAUAUGGAUACGGGAUUGACAAAAAUAGUAUAAUUCAUUUAUACGACACAAUUGACAAUUAUAACGUAGAAUGGACUCUGGGAGUUGCUUACAACUACGUCAUGGCGGAGAUUACAACAAACCCGGACCUUAUCCACGUGCAUCAUUAUCUACGAAAAAUAUUGUCGAAAAUGAGAAAAUAAAACAGAUUUGUAUUUUAAUUGAGCUGAUGACAAAAGGAAU